AUCAUGUGAUUGGCACGAAAAAGGGAAUCAGAAAAACAGAGAUUAUUGUGUUUCUUUAUAGAAAACGUUUCUGUUUCAAUUGAAUUGAAGUUUUAUAAUUAUUCAAAUACAACAUGAGCAACAAAACGAAAAAGGGUAAUGGUAGCGACGGUGGUCAAACCAAAAUGUCCAAACAACGUUCACAGGACUCGCAGGACUAUAGUUCCUUCAAAGUUGUUCUGUUCUACUGCUCGCUGAUAGUAUUCCUCCCGGUUGUGACGUUCUUUGCGCUGAAGGGAUUUGUGCUGGAGCAAUUCUUUACCAUGUCGGAUGUGAAAGUGAACAUUGCAUCAGCUGUGGGCGCGGUUGGCGCAUUGCAUGUGGCAUUGGGUCUCUACAUAUAUCGGGCAUACUUUGGUGGAUCGGAUUCAAAGGCAUCGCAGUCCAAACAGGAUUAACCAACACAGGGAGCAACAACUGCAGAUGCAGGGGCAACUGCAACAGCGACUGUUAAAUAUGUAACAAUUCCAUUUCCAACUGCAACGUUUAUGUUUUUGCUUCGUUUAUUUGUUCUAAGCUUAGUGACUGUAGCGUUAAGUAAACUAAUAAUUACAACUACCUACAAGACCAUGUUUAUUUUCCGCUCUAUGUGAGAGUGGAGUGAGUAAAAGUGGCUCCCUCUGCUGUUAAAAUUGUAGUACAUUUGUUGUACUGUAAAUCACACUUCAUUACAUAAGUUUCGAUAAGAAACGAAACAAAAACACGCGCAACAUAUAAUUUCUCCCGGCAUCUAUCAUAUAGUGUUUGUCAGUGUUUUGUGUUUGUAAAAAAUUAUAGAAAAUAUAAAAACAGAAA